AUGAUUAUCAUUGCUCAACCAAACCAAUAUCAAUCGGUGAUUGGAUCAAAUAAUAAUGUUCGCUCAAGUGCUGCAGUUACCAAUAAUGAUGAUUUGUCUUAUGGUAAUAUCUAUGAUGAUGCUGACGAGACGGACGAUACUCCUUCACCAUCAUCAAUACAACCUACUACAAACUUCAAAUCUACUUCUAAUAAAACAUCACAGCGCGACAUAGACAAUGAAGGAUUUGACAAUAAUGAAUAUGAAGAUGAACCAGAAGCAUAUCAAAAUGCUUUAAAUGAUGAUAAUACUUAUGAUGAAACAACUAAACAAGAUGGAUUACAAUUAUUUAGUGAUACAAUAUCUAUGAAUAAACCUGAUAUAAAACCUCCCGUUAUUGAUUCUAAUAAUAAUAAAAAAAAUCUUGAUCAAACAUCUACAUCUCGAAUGCCAUUUGUACCAGCAAAUAUUUGGCGUGAUCUUUUUUCUAGGCCAGGAAUUCUUGUUGGUAUUAUUGGUGGAAUUGUCAUUGGUAUGUUAUCCGCUAUAUUACUUGUGAUGUUUAUUAUCUAUCGAAUGCGUAAAAAAGAUGAAGGUUCAUAUGCAUUAGAAGAAGGACCACGAAAAUCACCAUCACAUGCAUAUACACGUGUAUCAUCAAGAGAGUUUUUUGCUUGA